AAAGAGUAAGGAGUCUCUCUCUAUCAAAUUAGGUAAAACUUCUAGGGUUUGUGUAUUAUUGACGAAGCAGACCAAGGAAAAAAAUUAAUGUUUGGAUGACAAGUGUAUAAUCGAGGGUUCUGAAUUGCUCUCCAUGCUCUGCACCUGAGCACUUCACGUCAGCACCAUAUAAAUAUACAUAUAUAAUCGUAUUCCAAGUGGUGGUGGAGGUGGUAGAGGUGGUGGAGAGGGAGAGAGAAUAAUCAAAAUGCUGGAAAACCCUACCGACUCGUCCUCCACACCCAACAUUACCACCGUCAAGCGCUAUGCUCCUCCCAAUCAGAGGAAUCGUUCUCUCAGCAGGCGCAAAUCAGGAGGAGAUCGAUUUGAACGAACAAACAACAAUUACAUGAAUGAUGGAGAGAAGAAUCAAGUUGCCACCUCAAGAAACAUUCAUGUUGCUGAUCAUGGGGAUUUAGUUGGCAGCAAUGUUGCUAAUGACAAUCCUCAUUCAGGGUUAAUAUCCUUGCAUGGGUGUUCUAGGAGCAAAGCUUUUCAGCUAUUGAAUGACCGUUGGGUAGCUGCUAUAAGUGCAUAUAAUGAUCCGUCAAUUGAUUUAGCUGACAGACCUGUUAUGUACUCUGGGAGUGGUGCAUCACCAUGGGGGCAAUUCAGACUUCCUCAUCAGUUGAUGUCUCCUACUCCUACCAGCAGUGGUGGACCUCCUUCUGGUUUGCAAAUGGAUUUCUUGAGUGAACUUCGGUGUGCAAUGCAAGAUGCAAAUGCCAGCUCUGACGCCUAAGAUUAAAAUCGCGGAACUUAAAGCUUUUGUUUGGCUUUGGACUUCCAGAAUCCUUUAGACUGUGUAAUCAGAACCACUGUGUUGUAUGUGUUCGUUAACUCCAGAUGUGUGAUACUUCAGGCAAUUUCUAAUUGGACAGAAGUACGCGUUUGUGCACAUUGCUAUC